AUGACCACGCCCCCUUCCCCAUUGGCCACGCCCCCUCCCCCCUCCGCUUCCCGCCAAAUCCUCACCCACUCCCGCCAUUUGGAACCCGCCUUACGUCACUUUUCCCGCGUUUUCCCGCGCUUCGACCUGGACGCGGGAACUCCGGGUAAUGGUUACCGGAGCCUCGCUCUGGCCGCGCGCCGCCUGGUGGCGCACUCCGCGCGCCGCUGCCGCGCCCUGGAGAGCGCGCGCCGCCAGAGCGCGGGAAAGGCGGCGCUUUCCCGCCACGCCGCCGAGCUGGAGGCGUGCGCGGCGGGGCUGGCGCAGGUGCGCGCGCUCCUGUGCCUGGCGCGCCGGCUGCUGCGCGGGAGCGCGCCCGGGGAGCUGUUCCCGCGGGAGGGGGGGGGGGGGGGGGGGGAGGGGGAGGAUGACGUCAGCGAGCUCGUGCUGCGAGAGUUCAGCACCAUGAGGAAUGGAUGCUUCUAUGGACGGUGCCUUGGGUUCCAGUUCACCCCUGCGCUGCGCCCCUUCCUGCAAACAAUCACCAUUGGCCUCGUGUCCUUUGGGGAGAACUACAGCAAAGAGGACCCAGGCCUGGGAGUCUCCGCCAGCUCCCUCUUCACCACGGGGAAGUUUGCUCUGGACCCAGAGCUUCGUGGGGCUGAGUUCGAGCGUCAGACCCAACAUCUUGGGAUCAGCUUCUGGAAGCGCUUCUGGAGCCUGACCGAGAACGAGCUGCUGGCGUCUCUGGCCAGCAUGGCUGCAGAUCCAGUUGACGUCUGUCGCCUGCUCUCGGUGCCCCCUGAGCCCCUGGAGCUGCCGCUGGCCUCGAACCCGCAGCUCUCGGUUACCAUCCCCCCCCCCGUGGCUCACAGUGGCCCCGCCCCCAUCCGGAUGAGGCUGCUGUCACACCGCCUGCGCCAGGGGCAGGACAGCGCCGCCCUCAGGGGCGUGGCCAAGGGGGGAGGGGGCGUGGCCUCGAGGGCCCUGCCCCCCUCCCCCUCCCUCCUCGUGCACUUCCACGGGGGGGGGUUCGUGGCGCAGACCUCGCGCUCGCACGAGCUCUACCUGCGCGCGUGGGCGCGGGACGUGCGCGCGCCCGUGCUGGCCGUGGACUACGCGCUCGCCCCCGAGAGCCCCUUCCCGCGCGCGCUCGAGGAGUGCUUCUACGCGUACUGCUGGGCCAUGAGGCACUGCCGGCUGCUGGGCUCCACUGCCUCCCGCGUGUGCCUGUCCGGUGACAGCGCGGGGGGUAACCUGGUCCUGGCCGUGGCUCUCCGCGCAGCCGCAGUGGGUGUGCGCGCUCCCGCGGGGCUCGUGGCCGCCUACCCCGUGACCCUGGUGCGCGCGGCCGCGUCCCCCUCCCGGCUGCUGACGCUGCUGGACCCGCUGCUGCCGCUGGGGGUGCUCUGCAGGUGCCUGGCGGCUUAUGCGGGGUCAGAGCCAGGGUCUGAUCCUGAGCCUGCCCCUCCCCCCCGGAAGUCUCUGCUGCAGCAGAUCCGACAGGGGCUGACCUGGCUGCGGGGGGGCAGCAAAGGAGCCCCGAAGCAGGAGGAGCCUGAGCCUCAGGAGGAUGAGGAGGACGAGGAGGGGGAGGGGCCGGAUGACGUCACCGAUGACGUCACCGCGGAGGGGGAGGAGCCUUACCCGGACCGGUUCCGCCCCCUGCGCCCGCGCGGCCCCUCCCCCCCCCCCCUCUUCCGGGUCCCCCCCUCCCCCAUCGCCCGGAGCCCUCUCGUGUCCCCCCUGCUGGCGCCUGAUGAGCAGCUGAGAGCCCUGCCCCCCCUGCACCUGGUGGCCUGUGCCCUCGACCCCCUGCUGGACGACUCCGUGGCCCUUGCCCGGCGCAUGCGCGCGCUGGGCGCCCACGUGACCCUGCGCGUGCUCCCGGACCUGCCCCACGGCUUCCUGAGCCUGGCGCCGCUGAGCGCCGGGAGCGCGCGCGCCGCGGGGCUGUGCGCGCGCCUGAUCCGCCUCCCCCUCACACCCCCACCGAGCUCCUCUCCGGCCCCUCCC